AUGAAAGUGAUGACCAAAAAGAAAAUUGCCACCAAUGAUGUUGAAAGGCAGCUUCUACUCGGUGACAACUCGUCGAAUGAUGCGCUUCGCUAUGAACAAUUUGUUCCACUGCAAGUAUUGCUAAAAGACAAAAAUUAUGUUCCAUCGUUGGAAAAUUUGGAGAAAUUACUAUAUAAUGAGAGCAUAUUGGAUGAUCAAAAAAUAAGACUUUCUAUAUUGUUUGAGGCUCUCUCAAUUAUUCUAUUUACGACGAAAUCAGGAAAGUCGAUUUUACAAGCAGUGCAAGCUUCCACGUUGAAGGAGAAAAAACUCUGGGCGCAGUCCUUGAGAGAUGACGAUUCCAAUUAUGCUUCCGUAGUGCAAGGCUGGAAAGAUAAUGAUGUGCUAUUUUUGAAAUUCUUGAGGUUUUUACUGGCAAAUAAAACGACUUCUUUGCAAAUUGAUAAAUACAACCUUCCGGAAUAUAAGCUCCCGCUAAGCUUUUUAAUUGUUUCAAAGAUUAAUUUUCCCUCCAUAAUAUUGAAUGAAGGGCAUAACAUGUUGAAGGAUUACCUGUAUUCGAUGAGCGGACGUAUAGAUUGUUUGAUAAGGGGAAAUUCCAUUACUAGUCGAUCCGCGCUUGUCGUCAAGAAGAUUUUGAAGGAUUAUGAUAGAAUCGUAGAAUUUCAUAAUCUUUAUUUUUGGUAUUCCUUUAAUGUGGAAAAUGAUGUGAAUUUCGAAUUUAGUGAUAAUUUUGAUCUGUUAAUGAACAGCCCUGAAGACCAUGCUGACGGCGGUGUUAUCGAUGACCGUUGUAAAAGCGAUAAUCCUCAGAAACAUGCGAAGAACACAAUAAUUAAACGAACAAUAAAUGAUCAAGAGCAAAUAUAUUCAUUUGAACUGGACCAAGACGGAACACUUCAAAUACCAAACAUUAUGGAACAUUCCUUGAUGAGGCAUGAGCUUCUUUUCAAAAUCUUGAAUCUUCCCUCAGUAUUGACUCCGCUGUUGGAGCUACAAUUCUGUAAUCUGUGUGGUUUAGUGGAUCCGUUAAUGCAGCCAAGCCCUAAUGACGAACAAGUUAUAUCGAUAGACUUCCUUUUUCAGCUUUUUCUGGGAUUAAUGUACCCAUCAAUCAAAAGCUCUCAAGAGCACAACGACCAUUAUGAUUGGAAAUUUUAUACGUGCUUUAAUAUGCAAAAAAUUAUAGAUGCUACAAUGCUGAGAUUAAAUUGCUCUGAUUUCGAAAGAUUAAACUCGGUAAACAACACAGACAGUGUGAUUCAUUGGAGGACGCAACUUCAUAAAUGGCUACCGCAUGGUUUGAACACUCAAGAUUUAGAAUUACUUUACAUGAUUGAUAUAUUGGCAAUAUAUACCAUCUACAAGUUAUAUGAAAAGAUACCCAUACAACUAAAUCCAUUCCUAUUUUCGUUACUAUCCUUAUGGAAAAAUUUAUCCUGUGUUAUCCUUUUGGCUUUAGAAAUUGAUAGAAUCGAAGAGGAAAACGGUACCUACGAAACUCCGCUUAUGGUUCGUGCCACAAUACGUGGAGCGGCUGCAUUGAGAUCUGUGAUAGCUUCUGUUCUCAACGGAUUAGUGAAAAGCAAUGAUCAUGAUUUCAAGCACGAAUCAUUGAAUACAUUCAUGUCACCUUAUGGAAGGAAAUUAUGUCACGGAGCUUUAUACGCCGAUUUGAGAUCGCAUACUGCGUCUUUGCUUGCCCUUGGAGCAAGCAUCGAGGAUGUUACUGAUUUGUUUGCUGAUUUACAAUCAGGAGAUAGAUUCGACGAGGAUAUUAGAUACAUGUUCGAUUAUGAAUGUGAAGAUUAUAAUGAACCCUUCUCCGAAAGUGACGACGAACAGUUGAAUGAAGAUGCUAACUCAAGAGGAAAAAUAAAGUCUAGUAGUAGUAAUGGUUUCUAUCAAAGAAGGUGCAAUUGCAUCUUCAACGAUGACAAGUUGGUAGCAGAAGAUGGAACGAACGAAGCCUUUGAAAUAUCGGGUAAUAGCAACAUGGAAAACGAGAUGCCAAAUAAUGUGAAUGUAAUACCGAGUACAGCAACCACAAAUUCUAAUCGCUUCGCUUCAUCAAUUAAUCCAUUAUCUGUUAGAUCGAGAAGCACUUUCGAAUUUGACUACAGUGGAGAGGAUUGGAGAGACGUCCCCAAAGAUUUUAAUAUGUAUUAUUCACCAUCUUAUUCAUUCAUACAGGAGCCUAAGUUGGAUGUCAUAUUCAAUUUGACUUUACGUGGUGCAACUGAAAAGUUGAAUAGAGAUGAUUCUAUAGUGUUAGUGUGUUCAGUUGCAUCGUGCGUGAAAAACGAACAGGAUCAAAUGAUUUUGUCGGAUUUGGGAUCUAAUUUCGCAGAAAUAGAUGAAAAUCCUGAAGCUAAGAGUAGUAACAAUAUUACCAAGACAAACAAUGAAGAACUCAGAAGAACAACGCCCGAUGAUAUUUAUGAAAUAUGGUCCGAAGAAUCUGCAUUUGAAAGGAUGCUAAACGUGAAUCAUGACGUUGCUUGGCGAUUAAUGGACGAAAUGUUAAUGUGCACCGGUUAUAGGAGAAUAUUGAUAUGGUUCCUUACCCAUUUAGAGCUUAAACACUCAUUGAUAUAUUACGUCUUCGAAUUAGUGAUGGGGUUACGUGGUAAACCAUUUUCUGGGGAGGCCAGUGAUCAAGACAGAAAGGAUGAUAUGAUUUAUGAAAUCUUGAAGAAAAAGCGGAAGAACGAAGAUGUUUCAGGUCUUCCAUUUUCAAGACAAGGGCCCAUUGUAUUAUCGGAUAUCGAGACCAAAAUGCUAUUGCAAGAGUUCUUCAUGAACGCGGCCAUUUUUCUGUCAUCAAAGAAUGACGAAGAGGAGAAUGAGGACGGUGAAAAAAUCUCCUUGUACUCUCUCGGUUUAGUAAAGUUAAUCUGUUACAUGGUGCAGACACUCAUCGCGAACGACAAGUUCCUAUUCACCAAAUCAGAAUGUACUUUUGAGCUUCAAACUCUACUGAUGACGUGGAUUGGCGUUCUUCCAGAGGCCAAAGAUUUGUUCUUUCAAAUCAAAACAAGACUGGCAAUGGAAGAAGACAGUGAUAAAGAUGGUCAACAGAACGACGACAACAAGGACCUCGAAGUAGAAAGGAGGCCACACACAAAGUCAAAUUCUGAACUGAAUGUGAAACUGUUGAAUCUGUUUCCUUCAAAUCCUGCUGGCAAUAAUGACAACUCUGCUAUUAGUACGCUGCGUAGUUUCAUCACUGAUUAUCCCUUUGACACGCAGAUCACUCCUCCUGGAAGGAAAGUAGUGUUCUAUGAUGGCAAAAUUUUGCCAUUGUCAAAAGCUGACAAGCCGAUACCACUUCAUGAAUAUAUUACACUCGCUGAAAUCGACGUCGGGGAGAGUGAGUGA